UUAAAGAUUACAUCAUAUUAAUUAUACCUUAUGCGCUUAUGCUGGCGGCACCAUUAUUGUAAAAACCAUCAUGACUCAUUUAUGUACUACAACCAUAUGCUACGCAAUUUGAUUUAAGAGGUUUAGUGACUGGGUAACAUGAGGAAUUUCAGUAUGCUGUUGAAAAAUUUCAUACAUGUACCGGUGGCUUAAAUUAUUUAUCACGACAUCAAAGUAUGUAACUGAAUUUAUUACAACAAAAUUAAUUACACGAAUAGUUACGAUGCAUAAUAGAUUGUAAAACUAGCUUUAAGAGACUGCAUUUAAUUUUAGUAAGAACAAAGUUUCUUUUGAAAAUGCGACAAUAGUACUGAUGUUUCAGGUUUUUGAGGUGUGCACAGUUUCGAGCAGGAUGCCGAGCUCGUGCCACUAUGACGCUAGCAGAUGGAGCACCUAUUAUACCUACACAAAAUAGUGUUCCUCAUAACCAUUCCUCUAGCUCCAAAUGUAUGAACAUACUGAUGUUUAAACAAACGCUUAGUCGGAGAUCCCGGGUAGAAACUAAUUUACCCUUGGUAGCCAUUUAUCAAGACGAAGUCGAAAGAAAUACGGAGGGUGCAGAACGAACGCCUUUCUCGUCAGUGAGACGAACAAUGGUUCGCCGAAGAAGGGAAGCUGUGCCAACAAUUCCACCUACAAUUCAAGAACUUGUCACAUCGUUCAAUAACCCGUUAAUUAUGCAGCACUAUGGAAGAACCGUAAAUGGACAGUUCUUUCACGGCAGCGUUACCAACGAUACAGGAACACUAGUAGCCGUGGUCUUCUUGAAUGAAGAGAUUAUAGCAGCUUUAACGGGACACCACGGAGAAAUUUGCGAAUUGGGAAUGGAUGGAACUUUCAAAGUAGUUCCUACACUACCACGUGGAUUUGUGCAGCUUUUUUCUGUACAUGUCAUAUUCAUGAAUGUGGCUUUCCCUAUCAUGUUAGCACUAAUGUGCUUUCGAACCGAGUCAGCAUACGUUGCCGUGCUCCAGCACUUGAAGGAAGCAAUUUCACAGUGGAAUGUUCGGCGUAUUAUCAUGGACUUUGAAAUUGCACUUCGAAGAGCUGUACGAGUAGUGUAUGCAGAAUCAAGAAUAGGUGGAUGUUGGUUUCACUAUUGCCAGGCUGUGUGGCGGCAAGUUAAUCGUCGUGGGUUGGUUGGCGAGAGUCGUCGCAACCCUAACAUAAAGCUGGCGAUAAAAAUGAUAAUGGCGCUCCCACAUCUGCCGGCACAACGAGGACAAGCUUACGAUAACUCAACUCCCGCGGUCAACGUUCUUGAUGGACUUCGGGCCAUAAGAGAAUUUGUCCAAGAGGCCAACAUUCUGCAAAUUAAUUCUGUUCUCGAUUACUUUCAGCGUUUCUGGCUCGGUCGUGUUGGUGCCGAGAACUUCAGCAUUUUUAAUGAACCGCACAGAACGAACAAUCAUUUGGAAGCAUUUCACUCACGUUUACUGAGUGUCAUGGGAGCACACCCAAACAUAUGGCAGUUCAUUAAAACCUUAAUUAAAUGUUCGAACAAAUUCUCGGCAGAAAUGAGAACAGUUAUUGACGGCCGCCAAGUACGACCAUUUCAAAGAGCAACCAGUAAUACCCUCACGGUGCGACAUGGAAUUAGGAUGCUUUUAACAGGGGAGUACAAUGUCCGUACAUUUCUGCGUUCCUUAUCGCACACAGUAGAUGGAUUAGUGGACCUUCUGGAGCGCCCGCACGUUCGUCACCAAGAAAGUGAAGAAGAAGAAGAAGAAGAAGAAGAAGAAGGUGAGGGUGACAUACUGCCGCAAGCAGAAUUUCAGGAAAUUCGGCACGAAGAACAAGGAGCUGGUGAAGAAGAUAGAGCACUGAGUCCAAGUAGAAAUGAAGUUGGUCCAGUAGAACCUGUUGGCAGGACAUGUCGAGUGUGCUUACAGCAAACCGUGACACACAUUAUUUUACCAUGUGGACACCUUGGUGUUUGUACACUGUGCGCGGAAACAUUGAACAGAAACCACAGUGCCUGUCCGUACUGCAGGGGGCAGGUUACACAAUUUUUACAAUUUUUUGAACAGUAGCAGAAAAUGUUAUAUUAUUGCAAUAUAGUACGUAUAUAACUUACUCACAUUAUUAACAUUCAAUGAAACAUCAAUUAUGGGACCUUUUUACUCCUUAAAAUUCAGUUACAUUCGACUCUUUAUUAAAAAAAAUGUACGGGACGUCAAAGAUGGUAUUUUUUAUUUUAAAUGUUUCUUUUUCUAGUAUUACAUUGGGAAUUAAAGUUGACAUGUUAUUUUAAUGUUCUUUAUUCAGCUAAUAUUUUUGUAAUUAAACUUGGAUGGUAAUUUAAAUGCAAUUUUGUCACCUAAUGUUUUGCGAAUCAAUUAAACAUAAUGUUGUGUAUAUCAG